AUGGUGCGCGUGGAGCUGGAGUGGGACCUCCCCAUGUCUGUGGAUCUGCCCAUAGAGGUGCAGCCCGACCCGGCACACCAGCCGUUCCCCUUCCUGGACACCACACUGGCCGACCUGGGCAUCCAAGAGUCAGAGGUGAAGGAGAGGGUGGUGUGGGUGGACACCAAGAAGACCCAGAUUAAGAACAAAGCAGGGAAGCUGAAGGAGAAAGAGGUCACCAUCCUCGAGGUGAGAGUGAAAGCCCAGAAGCCCGGAGAGAAACAGAUGCAGGAGGUGCUGUACAGCACCGAGGCCCACACUGACCGCUCCUUCUGUCGCACAGGGAUGAAUAUCCUGCCUUGGAAAAGCGGAGGCACAGGGGACGGGCUGACACCGGUGCAGAUGACUUUGGCAUUGGACAGGGAAAACCAGCAGCCUGAAAUGACUGAGGAGCAACGGGAGAUCUGA